AAUAAAAUGAAAGCAUUCGUCAUAUCUAAAUAUGGUACAAAACCACUUUGGUAAUAAGUUCUAAAGCCAUCGUUAUUAUCUCAUCAAGUUCUGAUAAAAGUGAGAUAUGCUCCUGUAAACCCAGCAGACAUAUACUAUUCUUUAGGGAUCUAUGGAAUUAAGAAGGCCUUGCCUACUUAACUUGGAAUGGAAGGAGUUGGAGAAGUGGUUGAAGGAAAGCAUAAAGGUAAAUUGGUAGCAUUUCUACCUGCAAGAUAAGUGGGAAGUUGGGCAGAAUAUGUAGCAGCAAAUGAAAAUGAUAUAUUUGAAUUAGAUAAUGAGAUNCUUCUCUUAGAUAUUUCUUAAAUUUAAAGGAUUUUAUUUUUUUAAUGUAAGUAUUAAAUUUUCUAUUAUCAAAGGAUUAAUUAAAUGAAUAUUCAAUAAUAACAAUAAUAAAAACUAAAUAUCUUAAGAGAUAUAGAAAUCAGGUAUUGA